UCUUCCUCGUGGUCUCAGCAGACAGGAUGCUCCACUCUGCUCCACUCCUCCUCCUCCUCCUGGCUCUCUGCUCUGCUGCCGGAGGUUUCCAGCUGCUGCAGGAGGACGCCGCGCCUCGCCGGGCCCGAUUCUCCUCCAACAGCCCGACUGACGUGGCGCGAUGCUUGGGUGACGCUGUGGCGGUGGGCUGCGGCUUCUUCUCCUGCCUUGAAAACUCCACCUGUGACACUGAUGGGAUGCACGAGAUCUGCGAGCUCUUCCUCCACUCAGCUGCCAGCUUCAACACAGAGGGUAAAACCUUUGUGAAGAAGAGUCUGCACUGCAUCAGCCAGGGAAUCUCUGGUAAAGUCUUCCAGACUAUCCGGCGCUGUAACAUCUUUCAGAGGAUGAUCGCUGAGGUCCAGGAGGAGUGCUACACCAGUUUUGACAUCUGCACCGUAGCUCGUACCAAUCCCGACGCAAUCGGAGAGGUGGUGCAGGUACCGGCUCACUUCCCCAACAGGUACUACAGCACCCUGCUGCAGACCCUGCAGGCCUGCGAUGAGCAGACGGUGGCGGCGGUCAGGGCUGGCAUCCUGGCCCGGGUCAGCCCCGACAUGGAGUCUUUCCUCCAGCUGGUCCAGAAUAAACCCUGCGCCCCUGGCUCUUCCUCCCCCGCCUACAACAAUCCAGCCAGCUGGAGGAACAUGCCCGUCUUCAACAUCCAGCCUGGCUUCACCAGCAGAGACCCCACCCACCUGUUCGCCAGGAAGAGGUCUGUGGACAGCCUGGACAGAGAGGCAGGACUUCAAGCUGAUGACUAGAUGAUUCUGAAUGUUUUCCUCAGGCUGAUGUGAACAUCCUGGCGUUGACAUUUACCAAAAAAAACUAUAAUUAUUCUGAUUAUGAGUGAUUAUUUAUUUCUCUUAAUUUAUCGGGCUGGGGUGACGAGGGAACGUGGCUGCAGAGUUUAGAAGAGGCUUUCACGCUGGUCGUGCAGCUCUUUCUCAGAUCUCUGGAAGUCUGAUGUCUAAAAGUGUCCAGAUAAAAACCAGAACAUGGAUUCAGCUGGUUUUAUUUUAGAAAUAAAUGCUG